AUAUACCCAGCAAACUCACUUCAUUGUUACCACAUUAAGCUAUAUACAACUUUAAGACAUGAAAAUUUUAAUAAUAUGUUUCCUUUCACUUGCAGUAACUGUGACCUAUGCAUUAACCUAUGCAUUAAAGAAACCAUACUAUGAUCUAAAAGAUGCUCCUGCAUUAUUUGAAAAAUUUGUUAGAGAUUACAACAGACAUUAUAAAGAUGAAGCUGAUAUUCAGGUGCACUACGAAGCAUUUGUUCAAAGUUUGAAAGAAAUCAAUAAAGCUAACGCUGAAUCUCCAAGUGCUGUUUUUGAUAUUAAUCUAUUUGCUGAUUAUACAAAAGAAGAAACGAGUGGUCAUCAUGGCAUGCUUAAUGGUAAUCGUGGAAUAUAAAUAAGUUUGCAAUGAAAUGAUAACAAUUCAAAAACUACUCUUUUGUCCUGAUAAAUCCUCUGAGUGUGAUGGCUAAAUGUGAUCGUUAACUAACAAACUAUGUUAUUCAAAAAACAAUUUAAAUUCAUUGUCAUAGGUGUCAUAAUUUAAAUUAAAAAACAAAUAUCGUUAUAUAAUUAGAAGUA